AUGAGGGCCCUGCUAUAUAAACCGUGGGGGCAGACUUCAGCCUCAGCGACCGAUCGUCGACAGAUCACAAGGUUGUUCAUAAUGGUCCGUCACCUAGUUGUUGGCCUCUUGCUUGUUUUCCUUGUGGCGGAAAUUUCUGCCUCCGGGUACUAUCCUAAGGGAAAGCCUGGAUACGGAGUAGGCAAGCCGGGAUACUAUCCCAAAAAACCAGAGGACAAUGGCGGAGGGAAAGAGGAAGGAAACGGUGAAAAUGGAAAGAAUGGAAAAGAUGAUGAGAAUGGAAACAACGGGAAAGGAGAUGACGGAAAAGAGAAUGGCGACAAUGGCGGUGACAAUGAAGUCAACAAUGGCGGCGACGAAGGCGUUGACAAAUAUGCCUAUGGUGGCGGAUAUGGCGGUGGAUAUCGAUAUGGCCGAGUUGGAAAAGGCAGAGGAUAUGGCGUCAGUGGAAAAGGAAGAAAACGGUAUGGCUGGAAAAACAUCUACAAAUUCAAAGGAAAAGGAAAGAGAUCGACAAAGAGAUACUACAGACCCAAAUACCGAAAAGGAAGCAAUAGUGGGUCCAUCAGUCGAGAUGACGACAAAUCAAGUCAAGAAAGUCGGGAAAAAGGGAAGAAAUACAGAGGGAAAAGAUCAGCAGGCUACUAUUACAGACGUAAAUACCGAAAAGGAAGCGAUAGUGGGUCCGUCAGUCGAGAAGAUGACAAAUCAAGUCAAGAAAGUCGGGAAAAAGGGAAAAAAUACAGAGGGAAAAGAUCAGCAGGCUACUAUUACAGACGUAAAUACCGAAAAGGAAGCGAUAGUGGGUCCGUCAGUCGAGAUGACGACAAAUCAAGUCAAGAAAGUCGGGAAAAAGGGAAGAAAUACAGAGGGAAAAGAUCAGCAGGCUACUAUUACAGACGUAAAUACCGAAAAGGAAGCGAUAGUGGGUCCGUCAGUCGAGAAGAUGACAAAUCAAGUCAAGAAAGUCGGGAAAAAGGGAAAAAAUACAGAGGGAAAAGAUCAGCAGGCUACUAUUACAGACGUAAAUACCGAAAAGGAAGCGAUAGUGGGUCCGUCAGUCGAGAUGACGACAAAACAAGUCAAGAAAGUCGGGAAAAGGGGAAGAAAUACAGAGGGAAAAGAUCAGCAGGCUACUAUUACAGACGUAAAUACCGAAAAGGAAGCGAUAGUGGGUCCGUCAGUCGAGAUGACGACAAAACAAGUCAAGAAAGUCGGGAAAAAGGGAAGAAAUACAGAGGGAAAAGAUCAGCAGGCUUCUAUUACAGACGUAAAUACCGAAAAGGAAGCGACAGUGGUAAGAAGAGCAGCGAGAGCAAGGAAAGCGGCGGGAAAAGCGCGGAGAGCCGUGAAAAGAACGACAAAAAUGGCAAGGAUAAUGGAAAAAACGGUAAUAAUGGAAAGAAAAACGACAAAAAGGGAACAAGAUACGGGAAGAAACCUUAUACCGGGUACAAGAAAUCUUACAGACCAUGGAACAAAAAGUACUACCCCAAACGCUACUAGACCAAAAUCCAUUUAAUAGACUGAACUGUUGAAAU